UGAUGCAUCAUGGACGAAUGGUUUCAAAUGUGCAGUGUUGGCCAUUGCUAGGAAUUGCGGUGGAAAUGUCAUAUAAAGGCAUGUUUUUUGGGUGAGGCACUAUUAAUAUGGUUGAGGCCUGAGCUGCAUGAGAAGCUCGUAACCUGGCAUUAAACUUCAAAGAUUUUCCCAAAAUUAUAGGAGGGGAUUCCAAGCUUGUCAUCUCAUGUCUGCGUGGAGAAACUCAACCACCCUAGAGAAUAAAAAAAAAAAAAAAAAAAAAAAAACAUCGUCGAAGACUGCAUUGGCAUCAAGACCCAGUUCGAAAUUGGUUUGAAGUAUUGUCAUGUCUAGCGUGGGGCGAAUCAAUCUGCACAUUGGUGCUAGCCUAUCAACCUGCACAUCUUAACUUGAAUCUCCCUUCUCCUUUAGGGUUUUAUGUGUCAUUGUGAUUCGUGGGGACGUGCUACGGACCCCGGCUUCUGUAGCACCGAUUGGAUCUACAAAAAAUAGAAAGGGGGAGGAAAAUUCACUAUUCACCAUCUUCUUCCUCCAGACGAACGUAGAGCGGCGGCGGUACCCGCCCCUUUAAUCCCUUUCCCUCUUAUUUCAUUUUUUCCUCUUUCCCCUUUUCCCUUCAUCUCGCCGGCGACCAUUUCCAGACUGUUCUCAUAUCCUGUUCGCUGGUCCCUAGGGUGACCUCACAGCGGCGAGAUUUCCCCAUUUCCUCUCGGAUUUCCGGUGAAGUCUCACCGUUUUUCUCAGAUCCAUUAUAUCCCACACGCACAUCAACUUCAUUGAGCAUCUUGAUUCCCCAAAAAACUGGUCGCAGGUCCCCUGUCCAGCGUUCUCCUUAUCGACUGAGUAGAACCAAUAGCAGUUGCCAUUAUCUCUAACAGUUUUGGGCUGAAUCCGUGCAUGGAAGAUCACUCCCUCUCGAUAAACUAGCAGUCACACCCCUCAAUCCUCGUUGUUCAAGCUCGAUUGAAUAUCCUUUGUUGCAGGAACGAACCCAGGCUGAAAUCCGACCAGUUCUUGUUAGUUCGACAAACCCCAAACCCUGCUUAACGUUCGCACCGAAAUUGCUGGGAGAAUGCUAGAGAGGUUCUUCUUCUUAUCCACGAAACAAUAAAUCGAGAAGGAAAAGGAAUGCAGCAGCAACCAAAUGAUGCUCCUUUCAGGGCCCCCCUCAUGCGGGAAGACAUCUCUCCUCUUCCAGUUCGCUUUUAAUUCCGCUUACACUAGCUCCGCCCAUCGUCGUGUCGUCUUCAUCUGCAACCGCCGCAGGUUAGAGUCCAAACCCCCUUACUUAUCCCAGGGCAUCGAUGCCUCGUCUGAUGUGUUUAACCGAAUACGGAUGAAGUAUGUAGAAGAUUACGAGGGGAUCAACAAAUACUUGGCUGGAUUUCACCUGCACCAACUCGAAACCUACCCAGCAGCCAUCGUAAUCGAUGAUUUCGGAGAUUUCUUCGAUGACAAGAAUUGUAAAGAGAGACUGGGUAAUCCAAGAGGAAGAGACCUCGCCAUGGUUCGAACUCUGGCCUUGUGCCGGGAUGCCAUCACCCAUGCCAAUGAGAGCUUGGCGUCAGGAGAGCCUUGCAGGCUCUUGCUAUCUGAUACCCACCAUGGCGAUACUCCAAGGUUGUUGUUCAUCUACAAGAGAUGGAUUCCCUCCAUUUUUAUGAUCGAAGGGAAUGGAUCGGGAUCCUUCAUUCUGACAAGCAACGACAAUGCUUCGGGGAGUGGCUCCACAAGAAAUAGAAAGCGAUCUGCAAAAUUCUCCACGGCUCUACAGUAUUUAGUGUUGCAGGAGAUUAUUGAAGAAACCAAACAGUAAUCUCUUUCUUACUUCCAAGUUCCAACUACCAACUGCCUUGGUUAGUCAUCACAGACACAGAACAUCUAUUAUGAAUCUUGAUUCUGUAUUAAGAUAUAACAUCUAAUCAAUAUGGGAAAACUGACUGCAACUUUUCCCACAAUCCAGCAGCACCGAGCCCAAACCCCAUGGUCCCCAUCACAGAGACAGAGUCCCACUCUUGCCAGUUUCCACCCUCUCUUCAUUAAUGGGCAAAUUUCAACAUAAUGGCAUUAUUUAUAGCAGUGAUGAUCCRGCGAGAAGGUUUUUCUAUUUCUUUUCUUUUUCAGUAUAAUAUGUCCAUAAUAAGACCCUUAUCCCCACUUUUAUAUAAUGAUGAUGAUAGAAGAAUAGAACUAUAGAAGGGCUUUGGGCUUCUCUGAAAACAUGCGGUGAAGAACCGAGGAUUAAAAAGGAGGGAACAAAGGAAGGACACCAACAUCUUUUUGGGGGUUCAGCACCAAAACAAGUUGCCACGUGUACAAUUAUUUUUGUUGGAGGAAUUAGUACCGAGAAUCCAAAUAUAUUAGCUGGUUUUCCUCUGUUAGUUACUAUGCUCUGCAGAGUUUCUUCUCUUAAAGUUGGAAAUUAUUUGUGAAAAACUGAAACUUCAUGUCUUUUCACUAAAAUGUCUUCUUCAGUACAUUAUCCAUGAUCUGCUAAGACUUCAUGUUAUUUUUUUUAUUGGUCGUGGAGCUUGGGAUCUGAAGAGGUGGAUGAGUUCAAGAUGAUUUCAAUACUGAAACAGCUGCCGCUUAUAAAUCCUUGGUUGAUUUCUGAAAAGUGCAAUUGACUGCAUCUAGUAGCAUUACACUAAGCGGUUUCUUCCUUUUAGAACAUUUGGGAUCUAAUUUUUUUGGUUAAUUUCUCUUUUGUUGGAUGAAAUGCCUUAUUACUUGUUUCUGGAUUUCUUGUAAUUCAAUUCAUAGAUAUUCUGAAUCUAUAUGCAUCAAAGUUUUAGUAUU